CACCUUUCGAAUCGAGUUUGUUCGGCCCCAUUUUCACGCUGUUACACGUGAUGAAUGACAUUGAUACGACAUUGACCGGCGAUGUACGGGACUCGGCAUUAUCUUUAGACCCUCAGACAUCAGGACAGAAGCCAAAGACAAGGUCUUGUCAGCUAUGCCACCAGCGGAAAAUUCGCUGUGACAAAACCUUGCCAUGUUCCAAUUGUGUACGUGGACAUACAUCUUGCCAUUAUCCUGGGAAUGAGCGCAAAGCUCGGCGCCCGCACAAGACUACCAUCACUGAUGUCGCGUCGCGGGUAACAAAACUCGAGCGUGUUAUUGCUGCUAUGUCGAACCAUCACGGCAUUGCUACGGAAGCUGCAGCGACAACUGAAGGUCAGGCAUUUCAUACUCAUGAUGGAGCUGGUAUCUCCCGGUGUAGCGAAGUGACUAUAGCUAAUCAUCCUGAGACGCGCGAGAAAAGAGAAAGCUCUACUGAAGAACUACUUGUGCAGGAUGGUGAAUCAAGUUGUUACGUAAAUGAAGUUUUGCUGUCACGGGUUUUAGACGAAGAACGAGCACUUCAGUCUACUAUAGGAACUCUAAAGGAAGACAUAACGGGGCCAUCUAAUACUGUUGACUUAAUAGACAUUGGAAUGCCAUUCUCGCAUUUUAAAAAGCCGGCACUAGGUGAUAAAAUUCGACUUCCAUCUCGCCGGUACGCAAUACAACUAUGGAGGACAUACAUUGAAAACGUUGACCCUAUGGGGAAAAUCUUGCACAUUCCAACUAUGGAAGCUGCUUUGUUUGGAGCCGCCAACAACGCCGCAGAUGUUGAUAGUGAUCUGAGUGCUCUUUUGUUUUCAAUCUAUUUUGCUGCCACAACAAGUCUUGAAUCAAGUGUUGUUGCAAGAAUCUAUAGCGAUGAGAAAGGUUGUUUGCUUUCUAGGUUUAAAGAGGGCCUAGAGCAAUGUCUCGCAGGUUCCAACUUCUUAGCUCAUCCCACUAUGAAGUCUCUCCAAGCUAUGGCAAUAUAUCUCAGAUCUCUCCGCGCCUAUGACUUAGGACGGUCGUCUUGGACUCUGUUCGGGUUAGCAAUGCGCUCAGCUCAAUCAGUAGGGCUGCACAGAGAUGGAUCAAACUUCAAGCUGCCACCCUUUGAGACCGAGAUGCGAAGGCGGCUAUGGUGGUUUUUGUGGUCUAUUGAGGCUCGAGAAGCAGAAGAUCAUGGUAUUUCAGUCUCUGAUUACAUGAUCGAUUUGUCUGGAACACGGUUCCCUUCAAAUCUCGAUGAUGGCGACCUAUACCCUGGUAUGACAGAACUGCCUGCUUCAAAACCCACAUGGACAGCCAUGACAUUUUCCCUAGCCACAUGGGAGACAUCUCUCCUGAUCUACCGAACCAUGUCAUCAUCCAGCUCUGGCAGUUCACACAUGUUAUCUCGAGAACAGCUUUUGCGGGACCAUUUGACACACCUAGAGGAAGCCUACCUGAAGCAUUGUAACCCAGAUAUCCCAGUCCAACGCGCAGCUAUUCUGAUGGGCAGGCUUCUGUCAGCCAAAGCCAGCUUCAUCACUCAGCAACAAGAAUUGAAACGCAUCUUCGAUCCAGCCCAGCCCGCCUCUACCGCAACAGAAGAAUCCCUUAUCACAGCUUGUCAGAUUCUGGAGAUGAAUAUACAAUUGCAGACAGAAGAGAUAUUGAGAGAUUUUCAGUGGGUUUUCGUUACCUACACUCAGUAUCACCCACUAUUAUAUGUCCUUUGGCAUCUCUAUAUAAAGCCUACAGGUCCUAAUGUGGACCGCGCAUGGGCUACUGUUUUGCAAGCCUUCGAGAUUGCUAGCCGCCGUGAGUCUUCUGCUGAAGGCGGGUCGAAAUGGUCAAUGGUGCAAAUUUUGAAACAAAAGGCAUGCAGACGCACGCAGGAGUCUGCUGAACAACAACUGACCGUUGCUGGAUCAGGCAGGUGCGUGGCCUCGUCAACUCCCAGUGCACUUGAUGAUAUCCAGAAUCCUAGCCUUUGGGACAUGGAUACUAUGGACAUUUCGGAUUGGAACAAUCUUACGGAUAAUUUCAACGUAUAUGAUUUCGAGGGUUGAGAAGAUACGAAUCCAUGAUACUCCACAAUGUAGCCAUUCUAUCAAGAAAUGUAUUCAAAGUGAA